AUGUCUUCAGGAGGACAGCUGAUGAGCAGCAGAUGCUCCUCACCCUGCGAGGUGUCCUGCCCAGAGCCCUAUGCCAACGUCUGCAGCCAGCCCUGUGUCACCUCCUGCGGGGACUCCCGUGCCGUCGUCUAUCCCCCACCUGUGCUCAUCACCUUCCCAGGCCCCAUCCUCACCUCCUUCCCUCAGGAGAGCUUCGUGGGCAGCUCGUUCCCAACACCCAUCGGGGGCUUCUCGGGGGCACUGGGAUCCAGUGAAUCAGGGGGCUCCUAUGGUGGGGGCAGCUCCUAUGGAGGGGGCAGCUCCUAUGGUAUAGGGGGCUCCUAUGGAGGAGGCAGCUCCUAUGGAGGGGGCAGCUCCUAUGGCAUGGGGGGCUCCUAUGGAGGGGGCAGCUCCUAUGGAGGGGGCAGCUCCUAUGGCAUGGGGGGCUCCUAUGGUGGGGGCAGGUCGUUUGGCUCCGGGGGCUCGUAUGGAGGCAGAAGAUCCAUCAUCUCCAGGAGCUGCUACGGAGGCGGAUUUGGAGGAGGCAGCUCCUACGGCGGGGGCUCCUAUGGGGGUGGGCGCUCCUUUGGCAUAGGGAGCUGCUAUGGAGGCAGCGGCUCCUCCGGGUUCCUCAGAUCUGGUGGGGGAAGCUGUGGUUACUUCUGA